CGCGCUAACCUGCGCCUGCGGGCCCCCGGCCCAGAGAACAUGACCACGGCGCAGAACGGCCACGGGUGCGGAGCUACGGUCCCUGGUUCCAUCCCUGACCCCAAGGACCCUGGCAUGGGAACCCACCCGGCGUGCCGCAACGGCGGCUGCAGCAGCGGCGGCGCGGGCGCCCGGGAGGCGCGGCUCAGCCCGGCCCGCAUCCUGCGCCUCUUCUCUGCCGGCCCGGGCAGGACGCGCGCCGACCGCGAGCGGCCUCGGCCCGCCGGCCUCGUGGGCAGCUCCUCCACGUGGAACGCCCUGGCCUCCUUCCGGAAAAUGGGCUCUUUCAAAAAACUCAAGUCCUCGGUCCUCCAGGGCAUUCAAAACCGGGAGGGGUGGGAUGCGGCGAAGGAAGGAACCUCGGAUCGAGACCCGGGCAAGUCCAUCCCCAACGGCGCGGCGGCAGGGGCCCCUGCGGGCAGGUGCGCCCUGGGGCCCGGCUUCGCCUCCGACGGCUCGGACCCGGAGGAGCCGGACGACGGCUUCGCGCGCGGCGCCCUCCGGUCGCGGAGCCUCCGUCGUGCCUACGGCCUGGGGCGCAUCCGCCUCCUCGAUCCGGAGCCCCCCGGGCCUGUGGCAUGUGAGGCCCCAGAGCCCCCAGCGCGCGAGCCCGAGCGGAACGGUGUCUGCCGGCGCAGCAAGAGCACGGACAGCCUGACCUUCCUCGGUAAGAGCUCCUUCCGAAGGAAGUCCGCCUCGCACCUGGCCGAGCUGCGGAGCGCGCAGGAGGGCCGGGGGCCCCGCAGGACGCUGAGCGGCUCGUCCGCCGACUCCGACAGCUCAGGUGGGGCCCCCACGAGGUCCAGGCGCUGGAGGAGCCCGCUGCGGGUGCCGGACCUGGCCCGGGUGCUGCGGCUCUCAGGGGGUGGCACGGCCGGCCGGACCGGGGACCCCGGGAGCGCAGCGUCCGGGCCACGGCCGCUCAGCCGGCUGCACGAUGACUAUUCCCGCCGCGCGGCUGCUGGCCCCGAGGGGCGUGGACGGGGGCGCGCGGAGCCCCGAGACCCGGGCCCAGUGGGUGCAGGCGGACCGCCCAGGGCAGCAGUCCCAGUAGGUGCCGCUCCUCGUGCCCAGGGCUCUCCGUCCAGCCCACCGGCCCGGGAGAUGACGGACAGAGGCUCCGACGAACCGGGACCUGGCGACCGGUUUCCCUCGGAGCCUGAGCACCCUCUCGGGCCCCCGAGGCCCACCACGCCCAAGCCCCCCAGCCCUCGGAGCCCCGACGCAGCGAGUGCCAAGUGUCCCAACAGUGUCAGCGCGCUGUCGCUGAGCUCAGCGGACAGCGAGGAUAGGGCCGAGGGGCCCCCCCAGAGGGAGCAAAGUUCCGGGUGCUCUCGGGAGGCCGUGCCAGCCACCUGUGACCAGGGCAAGGAGGACAGCGGCGCCGGCGGCCACUCUCAGCCCAGCCUUGGAGGGGCGGACGGUCCAGAAGACAAGACAGAAGAGGUUGUGACUGAGGGGUCCUGGAGGCAGGCUCCCCCACCGGAGGAAGAGAGGACGGAGGCUCAGAGGAUCCCCAGGAGGAGACUGGGGUCUGGGAGGAGGUCGAGGCCCCGACCACUCUCCGACUAUGGCCAGCUGGUUGCCCGAAGUCUGUCUAUCCCAGAAGAUGCAAUCGCCGUGGACCCCCAGAAAGAGAACACUGUGGACAGUGACCACCAGCCCAGCGUGGCCCCUACAGACCCUGAAGACCAGACUCCUGCUGGGGGCUGUCCCCGGGGGGGCCCGAGAAGACGCCCCAUCUCUGUGAUCGGCGGGGUCAGCUUCUAUGGGAGCAGCCAGACGGAGGAGGGGGAAACCCUCCUGCCCCAACCCGCCACCCGGCCACCCGUGCCCGCACACCAGGUGCCACCCUACAGGGCGGUGUCAGCCCGGCUGCGGCCCUGCGCCUUCUCCCAGAGCACCCCCAUCGGGCUGGACCGUGUGGGACGCCGGCGGCACCUGAGAGCGUCCAACGUUUCUUCCGAUGGAGGUGCGGAGCCGUCUGCCCUAGUGGACGACAACGGCAGCGAGGAGGACUUCAGCUACGAGGACCUGUGUCGGGCCAACCCCCGAUACCUGCAGCCGGGCGGGGAGCAGCUAGCCAUCAACGAGCUGAUCGGCGAUGGCAGCGUGGUCUGCGCGGAGGCCCUAUGGGACCACGUGACCAUGGACGAACAGGAGCUGGGCUUCAAGGCGGGGGACGUCAUCCAGGUCCUGGAGGCUUCGCACAAGGACUGGUGGUGGGGCCGCAGCGCAGACAGGGAGGCCUGGUUCCCGGCCAGCUUCGUACGGCUGCGCGUCAACCAGGAGGAGCUGUCGGAGGGCUCCAGCGGCGGCCCCGGUGAGGAGCAAGAGGAGGACAUGGGUAGGGCCCGCCACAAGCACCCCGAGAGCAAGCAGCAGAUGCGGGCCAACGUGGUCCAGGAGAUCAUGGACACCGAGCGCGUGUACAUCAAGCACCUCCGGGAUAUCUGCGAGGGCUACAUCAGACAGUGUCGCAAGCACACAGCGAUGUUCUCGGUGGCACAACUGGCCACCAUUUUCGGAAACAUUGAAGACAUUUACAGAUUUCAAAGAAAGUUCUUGAAAGACCUUGAGAAGCAGUACAAUAAAGAGGAACCUCAUCUGAGUGAAAUAGGGUCCUGCUUCCUUCAGCACCAAGAGGGCUUCGCCAUCUACUCGGAGUACUGCAACAACCACCCGGGCGCCUGUGCAGAGCUGGCGGGCCUGAUGCAGCAGCGCCGCUACCGCCACUUCUUCGAGGCCUGCCGGUUGCUCCAGCAGAUGAUCGACAUCGCGCUGGAUGGCUUCCUGCUGACGCCCGUGCAGAAGAUCUGCAAGUACCCGCUGCAGCUGGCCGAGCUGCUCAAGUACACCGCGCCGGAGCACAGUGAUUACGACAACAUAAAGGCAGCGUACGAGGCCAUGAAGAACGUCGCCUGCCUGAUCAAUGAGCGGAAACGCAAGCUGGAAAGCAUAGACAAGAUCGCGCGCUGGCAGGUGUCCAUCGUGGGCUGGGAGGGCCAGGACCUCCUGGAGCGCAGCUCGGAGCUGAUCCACUCGGGGGAGCUGACCAGCGUCACGCGGCAGGGCAAGAGCCAGCAGCGCACCUUCUUCCUGUUCGACCACCAGCUGGUGUUCUGCAAGAAGGACCUGCUGCGCAGGGAUGUGCUCUACUACCGCGGCCGCGCCGACACGGACGCCGUGGAGCUGGUGGACCUGGAGGACGGCCGCGACGGCGCCCGCGGGCCGGGCCUCAGGAACGCCUUCAGGCUGGUCAGCCCGACGGGCGACGAGGUGCACCUGUUCUGCGCCAGGAAGCCCGAGGACAAGGCGCGGUGGCUGCAGGCCUUCAGGGACGAGCGCCGGCGGGUGCAGGAAGACCGGGCGCUGGGAAUGGAAAUUUCGGAAAAUCAGAAGAAACUUGCCAUGUUAAAUGCUCAAAAGGCAGCACACGGAAAGUCAAAAGGCUACGGCGGCUGCCCCGCGGCGCCCCCGCUCCAGAGCCUGCGGCCGGUCCACCAGCGCCACGUCACUGUGCCCAGCAGCCUGCCGCAGCAGCAGGUGUUCGCCCUGGCCGAGCCCAAGAGGAAGCCGUCGCUCUUCUGGCACACCUUCAACAAGCUCGCCCCCUUCAGGAAGUGACGGGGGGGGCGGGGGGCAGCGGCCGGGGACCCGGUGCUGAGAGGCCUCCCGGGCCCCGCUCCAGCCGAGAACAGGACCUGGCCCCGCCUGGGGAAGCAGAGGCCCGGCUGCCCCCUCCGGCUCCGAAGUGAUGCUGGGCGGGGCCCCGGGAGCAUCGCUGAUGACGAGCUGGUCCGGGCUCGGGGCGGGGCCGAGGACGCUGUGCUCCCGGAGGAGCAGGAGGAGGGUUGGGUCACUGGCCUUCCGUCCUGAAGGGGCGGGCAGUGCAGGGGCUGUCCCUCUCCUCUAGUGCGGGGGAGGGGUGCUGCAGCCCCGCAGGGGUCCCAGGGUGCCCUGGCGUCUUCCGAAUCCAUGUCUGGUGGUAGGGAGAUCAGGGCGGCGCCUGCAUGCGGUCCAGGGUCCGAGGUGCACAGACCAGUGCGCCCCAGAGACACGGAGGCUUUCAGGGAGGGGGACCUGCUGCUCCCUGUGUACACAGGUCCUCGCCCGCGUGCCACCCCCUGGGCGGCACUCACGAACCUACUCACACACAUGCGUUUGCAACAGAAACCCUGUUCCCCUUAGUUUGACCAUAAAGUGAACGUGUAGGCACAGCAGCUCAGAAAGCACCCGGUGCCUGUCUGUCUGUCCUUCCUGAUCCAGCAACAGUGACACAGAUGGACCUUCUGCUGCUGCGAAUGCAGGGCACUCCAGGGUCCCACUUCCCGCACGUUCCUCCAUUUGUCACAUGUACCCCAGCAGUAGUGCCAGCUGUGUGGUGAUGCACACGUCGAUAGGUUUCUGAAGAUGUGUUUCUUAUGAAAGGGACCUGACAAAACAGAUCCAGGUCCAGACAGAGCAGUCUUCUCCAGCGAGGUCCACGCGGCUGACACCUGUCGGCGGUCACCCCCCUGCCUCUGUCUCGUCGUAAAUGUUGAUGCAAAUACUUGUAAAGGUGCCAGUAGGAGAGCCGCCCGUCCUCGCGCAGCAGGCGGGGGUCCAGUCAGGCCCUGGCGUUGUCUGCUUGAGAAUCUCUCUGUGAUGCCGAAAGCACGGAAGUCCCUCUUUUCUACCAGGCCCCUGCUUGAGCAUCAACACACCUGUGCUGUCCUCACGGGGGAUACCUGAGCCUCCAGGUGUGGUCCCAGAGCCACCCCCCAGGGAGGUGCUCCCUCUGGGCACCUCGGGCCCCGGAUCCCGGAUGAAGGCCCCUUCUGUGAGGGGGCCUCCCGGGAGGUGCUGUGGCUCCUUGUGUGUGCGUGUGUUUCCUUUUCGAAUAGACAUCUCCAUUCUAGGUGCAUUUAUAUAACUGACCUUUUUUUUACUAACAAGGCAUAAUGAUAUAAUCUUCUCGUGGGGCCCUCCAGCAGAAACCAUGCACUCUGUGCUAAACAGAGUUGUGUGUGUAUAUGACAGUUGUGGACGGUUGGGUUGCUUGGUUGGUUGGUUGUUUUUUUAAUAAAAGAGAAUUACUUUGAGGAAGUAAGGCGAAUCAGUUGCUCAUGUUACAUUUCCAGUGAGGACUUGGCUCCACUGCAGAAGCACCCAGCGGGCCCUCGUCUCCCCUGACCUCCCCCAGUUCCCCCAGCUCCCCCACCCCCAGAACAUGGGGACCAAGGGUUGGAGGUGCUGUCGGCAGCCCUGGUCUGUCUCCUGUCUGAUCCCCAACUCCCUGCUCCCCUCUCUUCUUUCCCCUGGGGCUUCCCGAUGAAGGAGCCAUCAGUGCCCCAGGCUGCCCACCCCCACCCCCCAGUCUCUCCAUACAAGCGGUCGCUUGGUCAGAUGUCCAUCCUAGAUGACUCCUGCUGGGGUUUCCAGGUGAUCUGAAAAAUCACUAAAAUACGUUUCAAAGGAUGUAGCAUCCUUUGACCUCUUUAAAUCUGUGUGUCUGCCUUGGAUUUAUUAGCAGAUGCCUGCAGAAUAGAUGGGCCAGGGUACUGUUUUCACAUUUGCCAAACUUCCUUCUUGAUUCCUUGCGUGUCCCACUUGGAGAGAAAGGGAGUCAAAACAAACAGCCUCCUGUCCAGAUUGUGUAUGGACUUCUCUGGAAAUCUCACUCCCUCUGUCCUGCCUUUUUUUUCUUUUUAACCCUACACUGCAUAAUAUGGGUGGACCUGCCUGCCAGAAAGAUAGAAUAACGUGAUAAAUUUCACUUACUCUGUUACUCAUGUUAAAGUCUCUGCUAACUUUGUUGAAAGACCUGGGAAAUGGCCUCAGGUCCAAAGCAGCAUUCUCAGUUUUGAUGAAGCCUAAAAUGUAGAACAGUCUUGCAAUAGGUUGUGAGCUAUCAUAAAGCAGGAUAUUUCUAAAGCCCUGGAGAAGUAGCAUCCUUGUCUUUGGCUUGCAAACUGGAAGAAGCGGCCGUGAUUUGCCAGCCUCUUCUUGGGACUCAUGUGUUCUCAGUUGAUCUGAUCUUCGCCCUUCUCCCCAUCCAAUGGACCUGAUGUUGGAAACAUCUCCGUCAUCAUCCCCCAUCUGCCCACCCCCACCCCAUUUCUGGAUAUUGCCAUGCCUUUUUAUUCAUACUACAGAGGCUGAGCUCCAUGCCUGUUCAGAAAAUCUCUCAGAUCCUACACCCCUGCUGUCUAGACACAGCAAAAGUGCAUUUAAUCCAAAACCUGUUUCACAACAGGAAUGUUUGGUCGAAGCCACAAACCAGCACUUUAUCAGUUGGGAAUCUCUACAAGCCCAGACUGCUGAUUCUCCACGCAGAUCAACUCGGUUACCCAGCUGGGACACAGCAGCCCAACCACCUGAACCAGGGAAGAAACCAGAGUGUGUAAUGUUUGUCUGGGAGAAGAGAAACAAACGUGUCCCUCACCAUUGAGUGCCAACAAGUGUGGAUCAACGUGGCUUGCUGGCCAGGGAUGCUGGGCACACGACAAGCUGAGACUGCCCUAAAGUUGUCCCCAUAACAAUUUUAACCUACAAAUUGUCUUCCUGUUAAAAUGUCACCUGGCUAAUGCUGUUCUCAGGAUGUAUGCAACAAAGGUGGAAUCCAAGAGACUCUGAAAAUAACGUGUAGAAAACAUCUGAUCUCGGAAAAAACCUGGAACUUAAACACUGGACACACAUAUAGUGACAACAAACUUAACAUUACCUUCUUUGUUGUUUAUUAGAUAUCUGGCACGAAUUUAGAAGAUACUGUAACUGUGAUUUAACAAUUGGUCAAUUUUUUUAUUUUGUAAAUGUCAGCAUCCGUCAUGUUUGACUUACUUACUUUUCAAGGCUUUCCAGGCCCUGUUCCUUCAAUUCCGACUCGUCAACAUCAAGACGGUAUUAUCUGUCGAGGUCAAGUGACAGCUUCCCAACUGAUGACAUAGCUGUUGUCAGCUGACGUGUUGUAUAAGAUUGCUUGUACGACAAGUAUGUACUUUCUCUGAAGUUUUUGUAAAAAAAAUUUUAUUUACAAUGUUAUUUGAAUGAUUUCUUGUAAAUGCUGUGAAUCUAUAUUUGUUGUUUUGUAUCUGUAUAUUAAAGUUAAUUUGUCAAACUGUAGUAAUGCA